AUGACAUCCUCCAAACUCCAUCCAGUCUGGACAGACCAAACGCCGCCCGCGAUCUCAACAUCGAUCUUGCCCCCGUCGCAACACCCAGCCAAUCUCGCCACCUACAACGAUUGUGACGCGCCGACAAGCCCGAAGAAACAUGGCAUCUCUUGCUCGUCCAGCUCUGCUGCGGCAGACCGCUGCCGCCUCACGAUCCAUGGCACCUUCGACCCGGGCUGGCCCGUCGAUGCUCUCCAAAACCUUGUUGAGGCCAAGCACCCAGCCCUCGUCGAAGCCCAGCAUCAGGUCAUCCACGGCAGCGUCAAUGAGCCCGCGCCAGUCCCUUCACCGUCUCCAUCCCAUGGUCACUACCACUGGACCUUCGAGCGUGGCAUGGCCGCCGCCCUAGUGCCUCUCUCCAUCGCACCCUUUGCCGCCGGCUCGUUAAACCCCACCAUGGACGCCCUCCUCGCAACCACUCUGCUUGUCCACGCCCACAUGGGCGUCCAGGCCAUCAUCAUUGACUACGUUCCCAAGAAGCGAUAUCCCAACUUGCGCAAAUCUAGUCACUGGCUUCUGAAUGCGGCGACCAUUCUGGCGGGCAUAGGAUUAUACGAGUUUGAGACGACCGACGUCGGCUUGGUCGAGGCCACCAAGAGGCUAUGGCGAGCAUAA